CUGGACGGCCCGCCUCAGGUUCCCGGACUCCGUGCGAUCAGAGACCUCGCGAGCUCGGCGCUCCGACGGGAAGUCGAGGGGAGGUGCCUAAUGUCGCGGGCUCCCGAGAGCCGGAAGUUGUGCUCUUGGUGAAUGGGGUUUUUUUCUUCUUUAUUUCCCCGUGGCUGCACUUCCAAUUUAGAAAGAUUCCGGCGACCUGCUCUUCACCCCUGCUUCGCCCUCAGACUUCCGGGAUGUCUGCGAUUCCUGCUGAGGAGAGCGACCAGCUGCUGAUACGACCCCUUGGAGCUGGACAAGAAGUAGGAAGAUCAUGUAUUAUUCUGGAGUUCAAAGGAAGAAAAAUAAUGCUGGACUGUGGGAUCCACCCUGGCCUAGAAGGAAUGGAUGCACUUCCUUAUAUUGAUUUAAUUGACCCAGCUGAGAUUGAUCUCCUAUUAAUUAGUCAUUUCCAUUUGGAUCACUGUGGAGCUUUGCCCUGGUUUCUGCAGAAGACCAGUUUCAAAGGAAGAACAUUUAUGACUCAUGCCACAAAAGCUAUUUAUAGAUGGCUUCUUUCAGAUUAUGUCAAAGUUAGUAACAUAUCAGCGGACGACAUGCUGUAUACUGAGACAGAUUUGGAGGAAAGCAUGGACAAGAUUGAAACUAUCAACUUUCAUGAAGUUAAGGAAGUUGCAGGAAUCAAGUUUUGGUGUUACCAUGCAGGCCAUGUCCUGGGAGCCGCCAUGUUUAUGAUUGAGAUUGCGGGUGUGAAGCUUUUGUACACAGGUGAUUUCUCAAGACAAGAAGAUAGGCACUUAAUGGCAGCAGAAAUUCCUAAUAUUUGAAAAACCUGGACAGUCUUUCAUUGUAAGUAUUAGUGUAUGUUAUUGGAAUGUCUUUACUGUAACGGGGGGACCCACAUCCAUGAGAAACGUGAAGAGCGAGAAGCGAGAUUCUGUAACACUGUCCACGAUAUUGUAAAUAGAGGGGGCAGAGGUCUUAUUCCUGUCUUUGCUCUUGGAAGGGCACAGGAGCUGCUCUUGAUUCUAGAUGAAUAUUGGCAGAAUCAUCCAGAACUACAUGACAUUCCAAUAUACUAUGCGUCAUCUUUGGCCAAGAAGUGUAUGGCAGUGUACCAGACAUACGUAAAUGCAAUGAAUGACAAAAUUCGCAAACAGAUCAACAUCAAUAAUCCUUUUGUUUUCAAACACAUUAGUAACCUAAAGAGUAUGGAUCAUUUUGAUGACAUUGGUCCCAGUGUUGUAAUGGCCUCUCCAGGCAUGAUGCAAAGUGGCUUAUCCAGAGAGUUAUUUGAAAGCUGGUGUACUGAUAAGAGGAAUGGCGUCAUUAUAGCAGGAUACUGUGUAGAAGGGACACUUGCCAAGCAUAUCAUGUCUGAACCUGAAGAAAUCACUACCAUGUCUGGACAGAAGUUACCACUGAAAAUGUCUGUUGAUUACAUUUCUUUCUCUGCUCACACAGAUUACCAGCAAACCAGUGAAUUUAUCCGUGCUUUGAAACCGCCUCAUGUGAUUUUAGUCCAUGGAGAACAGAAUGAAAUGGCCAGAUUAAAAGCAGCACUGAUUCGAGAAUAUGAAGAUAAUGAUGAAGUUCACAUAGAGGUUCAUAAUCCUCGGAAUACAGAAGCAGUCACCUUAAACUUCAGAGGAGAAAAACUAGCCAAGGUUAUGGGCUUUUUAGCAGACAAAAAACCAGAACAAGGCCAGCGGGUCUCAGGAAUACUUGUUAAAAGAAACUUUAAUUAUCACAUACUUUCUCCUUGUGACCUGUCCAAUUAUACUGACUUGGCCAUGAGCACUGUGAAACAGACCCAAGCCAUCCCAUAUACUGGUCCCUUUAAUUUGCUCUUUUACCAGCUACAGAAAUUGACAGGUGAUGUAGAAGAAUUAGAAAUUCAAGAAAAACCUGCUUUGAAAGUAUUCAAAAAUAUUACUGUAAUUCAAGAACCAGGCAUGGUGGUAUUAGAAUGGUUGGCAAACCCUUUCUAAUGAUUGUAUGCAGAUACAGUAACAACUGUGAUAUUGGAAGUUCAGUCAAAUCCAAAAUAAGGAAAGGGUGCAGUACAAAAGGUUUCUAAAAAAUUAGAAAUGCACGUUUAUAGCAAGAGAUUGGAGAUCAUGCUCCAGGACAUAUUUGGAGAAGACUGUGUAAGUGUAAAAGACGGCUCUGUUCUUAGUGUCACAGUGGAUGGAAAAACUGCUAACCUUAACUUGGAGACACGGACUGUAGAAUGUGAAGAAGGAAGUGAAGAUGAUGAAUCUCUCCGAGAAAUGGUGGAACUGGCUGCACAGAGACUGUAUGAGGCCCUUACACCAGUUCAUUGAUAACUUUUUAUCUAUAUAUGUUAAAACUUUUUUAAAAUACUUGACUCUACUUCUGCUAUUUCAAAUAAAAUGUUAGUUUCUCUGGGGUUGCCUAUUUA